UCAUACACACUCAGUUGACAGAGAAAGUAAUUACUCCAGUGCCGAAAGUGAUGCGCGUUCAUUUUCGAUAAAGUGUUAACUUAAGUGCAUAUCAGCAGAUAAAUAUCCAGGUGCUACAACAGACUCUGAAUCAGCUGCAGCCGUGCGUAAAAUUUGGUAACCGAUUUGGAUAAUGUGGCGGUGCUGCUUUUUGGUGCUUGUGGGCGCGGUGGCCGUGAGCGCUCAGUUCCCCAGAGAGUGUGUGACACCCGAGGGACUCCGGAGUGGACAGUGCUGUCCGUCACCCUCUGGACUCAACAACGAUCCGUGUGGAUCGAGCACGGGCCGCGGACAGUGCGUGUCCAUCUCGGUUGACGCGCGGCCGCACGGGCCUCAGUACCCCCACGACGGGCGGGAUGAUCGGGAACGAUGGCCCAUCCGUUUCUUCAACCGUACUUGUCAGUGUAAUGGGAACUUCAGCGGUUAUAGCUGCGGCCGCUGCAGACACGGAUGGACAGGGCCCAACUGUGACCAGCGAGUUUCUGUUGUAAGAAGAAACGUGAUGCAGCUCAGCGCGGACGAGAAGCGUGCGUUCGUGAACGCGCUGGACCAAGCCAAGCGCACCGUGCACCCGGACCUUGUGAUCGCCACUCGGCGCUAUACGGAGGUCUUCGGGCCUGACGGCAACACCAUGCAGUUUGAGAACAUCACCAUCUACAAUUACUUCGUGUGGUCCCACUACUACUCUGUCGGCAAAACCUUCCUGGGUGCCGGACAGGCCAGUUUCGGGGGAGUGGACUUCUCACAUGAGGGGCCCGGGUUCGUCACUUGGCACAGGUUCCACCUGCUGCAGCUGGAGAGAGACAUGCAGGAUAUGCUGCGAGACCCCUCCUUCGCCCUGCCCUACUGGAACUUUGCCAUCGGUGGAAGCACAUGUGACAUUUGCACAGAUGACCUGAUGGGAGCCAGGAGCAGUUUUGAUAUGAAUUCCCUGAGCGCUAACUCCAUCUUCUCCCAGUGGAGGGUCAUCUGUGAGAGCGUAGGAGACUACGACACACUGGGAACCAUCUGCAACAACACUGAGACAUCUCCCAUCAGGAGGAACCCAGCAGGAAAUGUCAAUAGGCCGAUGGUCCAGCGUCUCCCAGAGCCCCAGGAUGUGGCGGACUGUCUGCAGGUUAACACUUUUGACACACCGCCGUACUACUCCACCUCCUCUGAAAGCUUUAGAAACACAAUUGAAGGCUACAGCGCCCCCCAGGGGAACUAUGACCCUGUUGUUAGGAGCCUCCACAACCUGGCCCAUCUGUUCCUAAAUGGGACAGGAGGUCAGACCCACCUUUCACCCAAUGACCCCAUCUUUGUCCUGCUGCACACCUACACUGAUGCCAUCUUUGAUGAAUGGUUGAGGAGACACAGUCCAGGUUCGGCAGUGUAUCCUGAAGAAAACGCCCCCAUUGGUCACAACAGGGCCUACAACAUGGUGCCUUUCUGGCCUCCAGUGACCAACGCUGAGAUGUUUGUUACUGCGCCUGAAAAUCUUGGUUACUCUUAUGAAGCUCAAUGGCCAGGUCAAGCUUUCACUAUGACUGAAAUCAUCACCAUGGCAAUAGUCGCUGCCCUUGUGAUUGUUGCAGUCAUUUUUGCUGCCACCACAUGUGCCGUGCGUUCCAGAUCUUACAAGAUGGAGGGCCACCAGCCUCUGCUCGGGGAUCAGUACCAGCGGUACGACGAUGAAAAGAGCCAAUCUGUCGUCUAAGAUCUGUGUUUGAACAAGAGCCUCACCUGCGUGCCUCUUCUAUGUACGUUUGCAAUGACACAGCUGCGCAGUUUUUUAAAGCCUGAAUCUGUUCUCACCAGAAAACAUGUAGACUCUUGAAAAUCAUAUUUUUAUUGCAUUCAUGUCCCUAUAUCAAAAACAGGUAUGGUUCAUUUUUCUAUAAAAAUAUUGCUGAUGUGAACAAUUUACUUUUACAUUUCCCAUAUGGACGUAAAUUCCUUUUUAACAUCAGAUUUUAUAAUGCAAAGGUAAAAAUACAUGCAGUGGUCUUUAGGGGUAGCCUAUGACUUUGCAAAAAUGGCAAAAGCUGCCUCUUGGCAAUUUUCAGAUUUCUGGAAAAUUUGAAAAUGGAAAUUGUGUUCAAAUAAAGUGAACAUGAGCAAAUGAAGUGUUGGUCUGAAGCAAUGCCACCAGAUGGUGCUCAACUCUGAUCCUAGUCAGGCUUUUAAAAUGUCAUGAAAGUAUCAGCAGUGUUAUUUGUGCAUUGUGUAGGUAAGUGCUUGAUGUUUCACUUUAAAGGUGAUCAGGUGUAAAGAAGAUUCUGAUAAGUGAUCCAGAAUGUUCUGUAACUUUUUGGAGACAUUUAAAGUAAUAGAGAAGUUAAUAUGAGAGUAAUACAUGCAAAAUAAUUAAAACAUAGACUAAAACAACUACAACUUCAACCAUGUUUAUAGGAUAGAUCACUUUCUGUUUAUCUGACUUCACAGUCACAGUAGUUUAGUUUAGUUGCAUAAUGGCAACACAAGUGAUUGACAGUAAUAAUUGAACAAUACACUACCCAUGUAAUAGAGCCACAACGCCCACAAGGGGGUGCAAUAGUUCAACCUCUGAAACUGCUUGUGCAGCAAUUAUUAGGAGAGAUAUGCCUUUUUAAUACGAUGUAUUACAUUACAUUGAUCCACAUGACCUGAAAAGUUGGUAGUAAUGAAUGAAGAUAUAAAAAGAACAUGACAAAAAUCGGGAAGAAAUGUAGCAAAUUGCAGAGGGUCAACAGGUUGUAAUCCUGAGUCCUUACUGAACUGUGUAUGCAGCGUUUUUUGUUUUUUUUUAACUGAAUUUAUGUGAAACGGUCAUUAAUGCUAUUCUGUUUUUACAUUUCUACUUUUGCCAAAAUAUUGUUGGAUCUGGGUGCAUGCCAAAUUAUUUAAGUGAUUAAAUUUGA